CAUCCAACCCGGCGCUAAGUGCCCACCGAGACACUGGACCCCUUGCCGCUUGGGAUGCAGCCUGCCCGGGUGGGAUGCAGGAGCCCCGUUUCAGUGUGGGGCAUCCGGAGAGGAUGCUUUGACCCACUGGACCCACAACUGCUUGGAAUGCAACUUGCCCGGGUGGGAUGCAGGAGCCCUGUUUCAGUGUGGGGCAUCCAGAGAGGAUGCUUUGACCCACUGGACCCCUAACUGCUUGGAAUGCAACUUGCCCGGGUGGGAUGCAGGAGUCCUGUUUCAGUGUGGGGCAUCCGGAGAGGAUGCUUUGACCCUCCAAACGCCAGUCCCUUGGGAUGCAGCCUGCCUGGGUGGUUUACAGGAGCCCCUUUUCAGUGUGAGGCGUCUGGAAAGGAUGCUUUCUGCUACUCACAAGUGGUGGACCGGGGGGACCUGGUGGCAUUGGAUUUCCUUGGCACGCCUGAAGGUGACUUUUCAGAAGUAGGUUUUGUGCCACCAGGCUGGGAGGAGGAACCGUCCCGGUGCCCCGCUGAGAUGCGGGAGCUCCGGUCCCUGGGCGGGAGCUUCAGUUGCUGGUUGGGAGUGCGUCGGUCGGACCCCCUUCUGCUGGGGUCCUGGAAGGGGGAACACAGGGACACCCGCACAUCCAAAAGGGAAAGCCGGGGAGGUGCAAAUUGGUUUAAUGUGACUUUUUCCCAAAUUCCCACCGCCCUACUUUUUUCCCUCCCCGAUUCGCCUGGCGGGUGCGGAGCCCUGGGCGUCAGCAAAGCCGUUUCUGGGGACACCGGGGGCUCCUGGCUGCGCUCCCUGCUUUUUGGCGGGGGCUGCGCGGGGGACGUGGUGGUGACGGGGCGGCUGGGAGCCUUGCGGCAGCAGCAGGGAGAGAGGAUGCUGGAGCUGACGGCAGAAGUGUCUUAAUCCGGCGGCUUAGUGAGAAAGCGUUGGAAACCAAUUAAAAGGAAAAUUACAGCUCAGCGAGCGACUCCAUAGAAGGGUCUCUCCACGGGUGGCUGGGAAGUGCACAAAGGAGGGCAGCUCCCCGGCAGCACCGCUUCUACACCUGCUUGCCCACCACCAGCUGUCCUCAGAGCAGAAGUCGGAGGUCAGAGCCUGUUGUGGCCACCUGGCUGGUGAGGAGCUGUCCUUUUGGUGUGCCGGAUGAGCCGGAGAGGAGGCUUGCCACCAAAGCAUCCCUUGGCAGUGGUGGCAUCCCCGGCACGAGCCGGCAGCUUUCUCUCUGCAUCCCCUUGCCACCCUUCGGUGCCUCCCGUCCGGGCACGCAGCACCUGCCGGCGCCUACGGACAGCCGCGAUGUUUAAAAUAAAGCUAGAGCCUUUAAAACUGACGGCUUGGACUCUGAAUGUGUUCGUAAAGUUUAGGAAUAAGUACUCGGCUCCCGGUAGCGUCGCCGUCAUGGGGAAGGACUAUUACAAGAUUUUGGGCAUCCAGUCCAGUGCCAACGAGGAUGAAAUCAAGAAAGCCUAUCGGAAAAUGGCCCUGAAGUAUCACCCUGAUAAGAAUAAAGACCCCAAUGCCGAGGAGAAGUUCAAGGAGAUUGCAGAGGCUUACGAUGUCCUGAGCGACCCCAAGAAACGAGCCGUUUAUGACCAGUAUGGAGAGGAAGGUCUCAAAACUGGAGGUGGCUCUUCAAGUGGCUCAGGGAACACUUUCCACUACACCUUCCAUGGAGACCCCCACGCUACCUUUGCAUCCUUCUUUGGAGGCUCCAACCCUUUUGACAUCUUCUUCGCUAGCAGCCGCUCCCGGAUGUUCAAUGGCUUUGACCAAGAAGACAUGGAUAUCGAUGAUGAUGAUGACCCUUUCAGUGCCUUCGGCCGGUUUGGCUUCAACGGCAUCAACGGGGUUCACCGGCGGCACCAAGAGUCCCUGCACACACGGAGGAAGGUCCAAGACCCACCCGUCAUCCAUGAACUCAAGGUGUCCCUGGAAGAAAUCUACCAUGGCUCCACCAAGAGGAUGAAGAUCACACGCAGAAGGCUCAACGCUGAUGGCCGGACCAUGCGGACUGAGGACAAGAUCCUAAACAUUGUCAUCAAACGGGGUUGGAAGGAAGGUACCAAAAUCACAUUCCCCAAAGAAGGGGACGCCACCCCGGACAACAUCCCUGCUGACAUCGUCUUCGUUCUCAAGGACAAGCCUCACUCACACUUCAAGAGGGAUGGAACAAAUGUGAUCUACACGGCAAACAUCAGUCUUAAAGAGGCCUUGUGCGGCUGCACCGUGAACAUUCCCACCAUCGACGGGCGGGUGAUCCCACUGCCCUGCAAUGACAUCAUCAAGCCGGGUACAGUGAAGAGACUGCGUGGGGAGGGGCUGCCCUUCCCCAAGGCCCCCAGCCAGCGAGGAGACUUGAUCGUGGAGUUCAAAAUCCGCUUCCCUGACAGAAUAGCUCCCCAGACAAGACAGAUCCUCAAGCAGCACCUCCCGUGCUCCUAGAGGCCAGGGACUCUCCUCCAAGCAGCAAUACUCCAAACGCACGUGCCGGAGCACCCAGCCCAUACGGAGCAGAGGUGCCACAGCACUUUGAAAUGCAAAAAAAACACCAACCGUCACACCACUUUCCUUCCCCAAGAAACCCACCCAACCCACCCCACACCCAUCCCUCUACCCAUCCAUACCUCUUGGCCUGUUUUCUACUCCAGCAGCAGGGAGGCUCCUGCCCUUCACAGCUCUCCCAGCGGCCAAACGUUUUUUUUCCCCAGAGGUCCAGCUUUUCCACUUCUCACAAGCGAACAGCGUGGGCUCUUUGCCCAGGCAGGUGCAUCAUGUUGUGGGUUUUUUGUCACAAGCUUUUCAGGCCACUUUUCCCACCAGAGGCUGGACUUGUCGGGGUCCGGCACAGUGUAAAUAGGACUCCGCAGGAUCUGGCAUCCCUGCCGUUAGUUUUCCUCUUCCCCUCUUUGAUACUUGCUGCUGUUUGGGGUCUUGGCUGUACCGCGGUGCCAAUUGCUCCUGCCCGCGGUGGCCCUCCCUGUAGCCGGACUGUUUCUCAUCUGGGACCACGGUACCGAGUCUGACCGCGGUCCGCUCUCCUGUGCCAAGCCUAAUACCAAGUCUCGGCUGUGCCAAACAGCGGAGCACAUGGGGAUGGUCCCAUCCAGCUUCCUGCCCCUUCCUGGCGCUGCAUCUUCUGCCCGCAGAGCCCCAGCCAGCAGGAGGAGGGGGGAAAGCCCAGGGUGGAGCUUUCUUGUUCAGAUGUGUUGAGUUUGCAUUGCUGCUUUGAUUUAUUUUUUUUUUUAAAAACGUAUAUAUAGAGCUCGUUAGAUAAACUCUGUAAGGGAUUUUCUCUGCCCAUUUGGGGGUUCCUGGUGUAGUGCACCCUGACUUUUUUUUCUUGAGGGGGAUAGUUUAGCCACAUGGACAUCAAGCCUGUCAUGGGCACGUGUGUAGCACAAGUCUGGGUGCAAAAGCAGAGCCAAGCGUGAGCAGAGCCGUGGGUUUCACUAGCGUUUGAGUUCAACCUUAGGGUUUUUAAUAAGAAGAGAAAGGCACGUGUAUAUAUUUUUCUAUAGGGACGAUUCAUUCAGGAGGUGUUUCUGAGCGUCAGGGUGGAGCUGGGAGGCGCAUGAGGCAGUCUGCUUGGUGGCUUCGUUUCAAAAUGCUGUAUUUUUUUAAAACCUUUGGAUUUCCAUCAGGAGAAUUUUUAUAUUUCUUACCUUUCUUGGCCCACUCUGCCUCGUGCCAGUUUCUUUUUUCCUGGGAAAGGGCUCCUACAGAGCAGGAAGCGCGUUCGACCUGGCUUUGUACGGCUCCUCUUCCACCACAGCACCACCGAGAAAACCCCUGCCAAAAUAUUCCCCCUGCCCUGGGGAUCCGUUUUCUUUAAAGAGAAAGCACUGACUUGAAACAGGGGGGUCUUUUGGGGUGGGGGCCAAGCACGGGGCAUCUGUCGGGGCUGAGUGUACAGGUGUACAGUCUAUCUUAAGGGGCCAGGGGAGCUGUGAGGCACUGCUUAAUUAAUAGCCCAGUUUGGCUGGCAAGAGGAUGCCACUGGUUCCCUCCGCUGGUCCCUGUGGAGUUUGAUGUAGAGGAAAACCUGGUGGACACCAUGAGCGAGAAGACAGGCCAGCGCGCAGAUGCAAGCUGCUUUGUUGUUCUCGGUUUCAACGAGACCUGAAUGUUUCAUAGUGGGUUUUUUGUAAU